CCAAGCCGGUUGCAUUACCAUUGGUUGUUUCACCUUUCAAGCGCGUGCGCAACAGAACGGCAGCGCGCGACACUCAUAUCAAGACUGUGGAGAACGAGGAGCUCAUAGAAACCUAGUUGGUGCCGUACUAAUGCAAAAACAUACUUUUGAAGUCUCAAAAGUGCUACGCAGUUGGAUAGAACUGUUAUUUUCCCCGCUCUUGUGCCAUGAAGAACCUUCUCCCCAAGCUGUGGAUGUUCAUCGCUCCAGCUGUCUUCCUCCCUUCGCUCAACGCUACGGAGUAUGAGUACUACACUUGGAAACCGGAGACGUGGGUGCCCAUUUACGGCAAAAGCCCACAGUGCAUGGAAAUUCCCGAGGACCUGAGGUUGUGUUUUAACGUGGGCUACCAACAGAUGCUGCUUCCCAAUUUGCUGGAGCAUGAAACCAUAGCGGAGGUGAAGCAGCAAGCGGGCAGCUGGGUUCCUCUGGUGCACAAAGCCUGUCACCCCGGCACGCAAGUGUUCCUCUGCUCGCUCUUCGCCCCAGUGUGCCUCGAAAGACCCAUAUAUCCGUGCCGCUGGCUGUGCGAGGCUGUCCGGGACAGUUGUACCCCUAUUAUGCAGGCGUUUGGGUUCCCUUGGCCUGAAAUGCUCAACUGUGACAAGUUUCCCCUGGGCGACGUGUGCAUUUCUAUGAACACCACCAGCAGCGAUGAUACGGACAAAUCCCCAGCAAUCAAGACGAAGAUUAAGGAAGUCAAAACAGACAACUUAGACCGAAAAGUCAUUCUACAAAAAAGGAGGAAGGCGGUGAAGCUUGGAAAUCUGAAAAAGCAGGACCUAAAGAAGCUUGAACUUUACCUGAAAAAUGGAGCAGACUGUCCAUGCCAACAACUGGAAAACCUAGGGAGCAACUACUUAAUCAUGGGCCGCAGUGUUGGGAAACAGUAUAUACUGACAGGCAUUCAUAAGUGGGACAAAUCUAGCAAAGAAUUUAAGGCGGCCCUUAAAAAACUUAAAAGCCAUAAAUGCCCAGCUUUUGAGACAGUGUUCAAGUGAUUUUUGAUCAGUUGGUUACUGAUCUUUGUGAAUUUUCCAUUAUAGCAUUAUAUUACAUUUUGCAGUACAGUACAGUAUAGAAAAGAACCAUAGAUGCCACAAUCCAACUAGUUAGUUUGUUUGCCCAAUAAAUGUCUGAAUACAUACAAACAAGUGCCAUUUAGUUCACUUUUUAAAAUGUUCUUGAACAUUUCUAACCAAUCCAAGUACAAAACACAGUUAUUUACAUUCCAGUAUGCUACAAGUCAGUUGAGUGAGUUCUGCUUUUGCAAACACUGCCUUUUGAUAUAUCUUAAUGUUUUCAUGGUGGAAUAAUAUCUAUAUCCAUGCAAUCUGUUAAUAAUGUUUAUGUUUUAUAAUAUCCAUCACAGCUAUCAGGUGUUCAGUAAAAUGCAUAAGACAUGCACCUUAAACAAUAAAGAGAUUUUUUGACAGUUUGUUGUUGCAUAGGAUGCAAAUCACAGUUAAUCAUGCAGUGGAAGGUGUAUAGCAUGCCUGAGGACUUGCACAAUGCACUGUAAUCAUUUAACAUUAAAAGAGAAAAUAUUUUUAAUA